CUCCGAUGAUUAAACAAAAAAAAAAAAACAGUAAUUAAAAUCCCACUGGGCAUCGAUUCUAAUUCGAAAUUGAUCUCAUCCCAAAGUUCAAGCCGCUUUUACAGACAGGUCCAUUAGAGAUCGUGGGCCGAGCUACGUAAUAAGGCAAAGUAGAGUGUUUGGCAAAAAGACGAGAGUAAAGAAGAGACGAAGAAGAAGAAGAAGAAAAUGGCGAAGAUAGUGGUGGCGAUGGUGACCCUAUUAUUAGCCGUCUUGACAGUGACAGUUUUUUCAAGCGUCGACGAUAAGUGCUCUGCUUGUUAUGCCGUUGCGGAUGAGUUAGAGCACGGCCUUUCUAAUGAAAAACCAAGGAAUCAUUUGGAUAUGAGAAAUCGAUUGAAUUCUAAAGGUCAGCGUGAAGGAAAGGUGAUCGAUUACAGAGUUAGUGAGCUGAGAGUUGUUGAACUCUUGGAUGGGCUUUGUGAUAAGAUGCAAGAUUAUACUCUUCAAAAGGUAGAUUCAACUAGAAGCUCAUGGGUUAAAGUGGAUAACUGGGACAAUCUUACAACUAAUAAGCAAGAAGCUCGAGCAUUUUCAAAAGCACUAUCAUCUUAUUGUGGAAGGUUACUGGAGGAAACUGAGGACGAGUUGGCAGAAUUGAUAAAGAAGGGUUCUGUUAAAGUAGGAGGUGUGAGCAAGGUUCUCUGCGAAGAUUUGAGCAACCACUGCACCCACUCAAGCGGUUCUCAUCAGGUGAAUGAGGAUGAUGACGAAGCAGAUGGAGAACUCUGACCCACCCGUGUCGAAGAAAAGAGAUGGUGCGAGCCACAUUAAACUUGUAAUGGGGGAAAAAAGACUUCCAUAGUAAAGCUUGUAGUCUUGUUUAUGUGAACCCACAAAUUUUGUAUCUAUGCACAAGUGUCCAUCAUGUUCUGGUUUGUUACUAAGUUUAAGCUAGUCAAUGAUAGUCAUGUGGUGAUGGAAGAAUACUAACACCUUUAUUUUGUUAUCUGAUUGCUUUUUGUUUGUCAAGAAUUACGGCUGUUUGACUGGCAUAUUUCCAAUGAUACUUUCUCUA